AUGGCGCGGCCCUCGCGGGGUGGCGGCAGCGGAGGCAGGCGCAGCAGGACGUACUGGAUGUGCAGCUGCGGCGGAUGGAACUGGGACUGGCGCACCACGUGCAUUGGCUGCGGGUAUGCGGCCCCGCCCUGGGCGCUGGGUGCUGCUGCCAAGGCCCAGCCCCAGGCAGACAAGGACGGCUGGGUAGAUCAGCCGCGCGGGCGCUGUGCCCAGCGGCAGGCCCGCAGUGCGGCUACGAGUGCUUCAACCUCCAAGUCGCAGACCUCGGCAUCGGGCGCCAGUGGGACGCCCAGCGGCAGCGGCGCCACGGCGAUCGAGAGGCUGCAAGUGGCGGUCGAGCAGCUGGAGGCGCCGCAGGCGGAGCCGCCCGACGGAGUCGACUGUUGCUUCACCGACGUCGUCGCUAGCCAGCUGGAGGCCAAGCGCGCCGAGCUGGCAGAGGCCCAGCGAGCCGCAGCGGAGCAAAAGGCGUCCUCCAUGCCGCUGUCGACGAUGCCCCACAAGGAGGCGAACGCCACCAGCAAGGCGGAGAAGCGCCUCCGAGCAGCGCGCCAGAGCCUGGAGCAGAAGCAAGAGGCUCGUAGACUCGUCGAGGCCCAGCUGCAGAAGGCCCAGGAGGAGCUGGCGCAGCUCGACGCGGAGGUGGAGGAGGCCAGCCGUGCGCUCCACGCCCUCGAGGAGGAGGCCAGAGUGGAGGCCGCGGCGCAGCUGCGCCAGCGCGCGGCCGAGUGGGCAGGGGCCAGCCAGGUCCCAGGGCUCUUCAUGCAGCUGGACGAGCUACCCGAGGCCUGGGGCUCCAGCAACUUCGAGGUGGCGUGGGCGGCCAUUCGCUCCCAGGUGGAGGCAGUGCGUGCGCAGCUUGCCGAGGCCCCCUCGUGCCACGUGGGCGAGAUCAGCAGCGAGGGCGGCGACCACGCAGGAGGCUGCAGGCCCUGGCAGCCGCAGUGCGCCGCGGAGCGUGGCCAGGCCGAGCGACGCGGCGGCGCCCGCGGUGAGUGGCCGACGGUCGCCCAGGCGUGCAAGCGGGAGCUGGCGGCCGAGGCUGAGGACCUGGCCCCUCUGGCUGCUCGCCCUGCUCGCCGCGCCGCUGGGAGUCGCGGCGGAGGCGAGAGGCCGCAGCUGGCUUGCGCGCAGCAGGAGGGCGGCGGUGCCGAACCGGCCCGCUUCGGAGCCGCGCGGCCCCUCGACCUCGGGAGUGCACAAGCCCCGCCGGCGCCGGGCCACGCUGGGACGGCAGCUCAGGAUGACCGUUGCGGACUGGAGGAGUAUGGGGCCAACGGCAACGCAUGGUGGUGGAGCCUGGAGGGGGCCGAGGCCUCGGGCGCGCGCAGCGGGGCCCCGCCGCGCCUUGUAGGGCACCAGGGGGCCCGCCUGGCUUCGCACCGCUUGGAGGAGGCCAGAGGAGCAGCGCGGCGCAUGGGCUCUACGGCGUUCCUCCACGCGUCGGCGCCCACGGACAAGGAGGGCCAGCUGGCGAACUCUGGCGGCGUCGCAGGCUGGAGGCUGGGCUGGUGCGGAGUCACAGCGUCAGGCCUGCGGCUGCUGGCGUGCUCGCUGGGGCCCAAGGGCUUCGACCUCGACAGCCUCGCUGCCUUCGGCGACGCGGUGCUCUACCAGAGACCGCGGUUCAUUCCCGUCGUGGGCCUGGCCACCGGGACGUUCAGGACCAACGGGGCAGGUUUGGCGGGGUGUGCGAGUGGCCUCACUGUAGCCAAGCCGCCUGGGCGGGCUGCCCUCCGCGCAGCCCCUGCGGGCGACAGGCCGCUGGGUGUGGCUUGCUACGACGACGGCGACAUCGCGCUGCAGGCCGUGGGCACGGGGCAGCUGGUGGCCGCGUGGUUCGGCAGAGCAGGGCUGGAAGUGGCGCGCCGCCUCCGCGGUCAGCACCUGCCCCUCAGUGCUGCCAAGACGUCCUUCCUCGCUCCGAGCCCCUGCCCAGGACGCCAGCUCGGGGCGUGCGGGAAGUCGCAAGGCUGGGCCCUCGGCGAGACCUUGCAGGCCAGGAACCUCGGCUGGGACCCCGCCGGCCCGAGGCUGGGCCCGUUCCACGAGGCUGGGCCCGCGGCCAGCCGGGUGAGCGGGCGCACGGUCACGGGCAACGCGGACUGCGAGCUGCACGGUUGGCUGACCCGUGCGUGGAUCGACUGGCACUUCAAGUCCGAGCGGUACAUGGUCGCGGACCUCGGCGUCGAGCUCGACCUCAUGCACCACGGGCCCCUGGAGCUGGGCUGGGAGGCGGGCCCAGGCGCUCGAAGUGCAUCCCUUCGUCACGAGACGCGGAAGUUCAGCCUCGACACCUACCUGCUGGGGGCCUGCAUCUCCAACCCGCGCUGGACGCAGGCCAGGCUCCUCGAUGCGCGGGAGCAGGGGCAAACACGCUGCUGUUGCCGCGGGCCAUCCGAUGAGAAGCUCGACGGCAAGCUGUACCUCGACGGCGCGACGCUCGAGCCGCUGUUCGGCUCCCUGUGCUGGGAGGGCGGAGCCAUAGAGCACCGCGACGGCGACGGCAACCUGGUGGCAGAGGUCUACGGCGCAGUCGGGAGCGACCGCUGCCCGCAGCGGGCGGCCAAGGACGGCGAGGACGUAGCGGCCUGGAUGCUCGCCACCCUCGCAAGGCCAGCAGUGGAGGGGGUCAGCAUCGACUGCUCGUGGCAUGCAGUGCUCGACGGGCGCCUGGCGGAGGCCCAGAGGCGCGGCGACGAGCGCGCCGACCGCCUUGCAGUGAGGAUGGCCCAGAUGCAUGCAGUGGGCAAGGUGACCGUUGGCGGGUGCCAGGCGCAGGCGGGGUUCGUGCAGGUACUCGGGCGCUGGAUCUGGUGUGCCGUCAUCCUCGGGCAAGGCAUUGAGGCCAGGGACGGCGAAGGGCUCCCUCAUGCUGCCGAGCGGCGCCAGGCGCGUGUCGCUGACGCCGAGAGGUCCCAGGCGGCGGAGGGGGCCAAGGGCGGGGGGCCGUCGGCCGAGCGGCCGCGCCUGGAGAGCGCCCGGUCGACAGGCAACAGCUCGGCAGCCCUUUCGGCCAGUGCAGUAGCCUUCAGCAUCCUGGGACAUGCCCUGUCCUACGCCUGCGCUGGAGAUGGUGAGGGCACCCAGGAGCUCGUGGCGUGCUCCAAGUGUGGCGCCUACAUGACGCUGGGCGGCCGCUCAGGGGUGAAGCCUCGCCUCAAGGAGCGGUGCCCAGGCGACGAGACCGACAGGGACGGCAGGAACCAGCGCAGCCUGUGGCUACGAGGACUCCAUCCUGGUGGCAGGCCGCCCAAGCGGCGCCCAGCUGCGGCGAGCGUGGAGAACCUCGGCGAGUUCGGGGUCGCCGAUGUGGGGAUCGCCGCCGCGGCUGGCUCUGAGGGCGGAGCCUUGGAAGGCCGCAGGGUACGCCGCCGUGUGGCGCACCGUGGCGGCCUGUCCGUGGCUGGGUGA